AUGUCCUUGCAAGCUGUGCCGUCCUCGCAAGCUGUGCCGUCCUCGCAAGCUGAGCCGUCCUCGCAAGCUGUGCUGUCCUCGCAAGCUGUCCUGUCCUCACAAGCUAUGCUGUCCUCGCAAGCUGUGCUGUCCUCGCAAGCUGUGAUGUCUUCGCAAGCCGUGCUGUCCUCGCAAGCUGUGCUGUCCUCGCAAGUCGUGCUGUCCUCCCAAGCAGUGCUGUCCUCGCAACCUGUGCGGUCCUCGCAACCUGUGCUGUCCUCGCAAGCUGUGCUGUCCUCGCAAGCUGUCCUGUCCUCGCAAGCUGUGCUGUCCUGGCCACCUGUGCUGUCCUCGCUAGCUGUGCUGUCCUCGCAAGCUGUGCUGUCCUCACAAGCUGUGCUGUCCUCGCAAGCUGUACUGUCCUCCCAAGCUGUGCUGUCAUCGCAAGCCUUGCUGUCCUCGCAAGCCGUGCUGUCCUCGCCAGCCGUGCUGUCUUCGCAAGCUUUGCUAUCCUCGCAUGUUGUGCUUUCCUCUCAAGUAGUGCUGUCCUCUCAAGUUGGGCUGUCCUCUCAAGUUGAGCUGUCCUCUCAAGUUGAGCUGCCCUCUCAAGUUGAGCUGUCCUCUCAAGUUGUGCUGUCCUCUCAGGUUGUGCUGUCCUCUCAAGUUGAGCUGUCCUCUCAAGUUGAGCUGUCCUCUCAAGUUGAGCUGUACUCUCAAGUUGAGCUGUCCUCUCAAGUUGAGCUGUCCUCUCAAGUUGAGCUGUCCUCUCAAGUUGAGCUGUCCUCUCUAGUUGAGCUGUCCUCUCAAGUUGAGCUGUCCUCUCAAGUUGAGCUGUCCUUUCAUGUUGAGCUGACCUCUCUAGUUGAGCUGUCAUCUCUAGUUGAGCUGUCCUCUCAAGUUGAGCUGUCCUCUCAUGUUGAGCUGUCCUCUAAAGUUGAGCUGUCUUCUCUAGAUGAGCUGUCCUCUCUAGAUGAGCUGUCCUCUCAAGUUCAGUUGUCCUCUCAAGUUGAGCUGUCCUCUCAAGUUGAGCUGUCCUCUCAAGUUGAGCUGUCCUCUCAAGUUGAGCUGUCCUCGCAAGCUGUGCUGUCCUCGCAAGCUGUGCUGUCUUCGCAAGCUGUGCUGUCCUCGCAAGCUGUGCUCUCCUCGCAAGCUGUGCUGUCCUCGCAAGCUGUGCUGACCUCGCAAGCUGUGCUGUCCUCGCAAGCUGUGCUGUCCUCGCAAGCUGUGCUGUCCUCGCAAGCUGUGCUGUCCUCGCAAGCUGUGCUGACCUCGCAAGCUGUGCUGUCCUCGCAAGCUGUGCUGUCCUCGCAAGCUGUGCUGUCCUCGCAAGCUGUGCUGUCCUCGCAUGCUGUGCUGUCCUCGCAAGCUGUGCUGUCCUCGCAAGCUGUGCUGACCUCGCAAGCUGUGCUGUCCUCGCAAGCUGUGCUGUCCUCGCAAGCUGUGCUGUCCUCGCAAGCUGUGCUGUCCUCGCAAGCUGUGCUGUCCUCGCAAGCUUUGCUGUCCUCGCAAGCUUUGCUGUCCUCGCAAGCUUUGCUGUCCUCGCAAUUUGUGCUGCCUUCGCAAGUUGUGCUGUCCUCUCAAGUUGAGCAGUCCUCUCAAGUUGAGCUGUCCUCUACAGUUGAGCUGUCCUCUACAGAUGGACUGUCCUCUCAAGUUGAGCUGUCCUCUCAGGUUGAGAUUUCCUCUCAAGUUGAGCUGUACACUCAAGUUGAGCUGUACACUCAAGUUGAGCUGCCCUCUCAAGUUGAGCUGCCCUCUCAAGUUGAGCUGCCCUCUCAAGUUGAGCUGCCCUCUCAAGUUGAGCUGCCCUCUCAAGUUGAGCUGUCCUCUCAAAAUGAUCUGUCCUCUCAAGUUGAGCUGUCCUCUCAAGAUGAGCUGCCCUCUCUAGUUGAGCUGUCCUCUCAAGUUGAGCUGACCUCUCAAAUUGAGUUGUCCUCUCAAGUUAAGUUGUCCUCUCAAGUUGAGCUGUCCUCUCAAGUUGAGAUGUCCUCUCAAGUUGACCUCUCCUUCAAGUUGAGCUGUCCUCUGAUGUUGAGCUGUCCUCUCUAG